CUCCUUUCCUGAGACAAACUGAGCGGUAACUUGAUGAACACACUGAUUUGCUUUUCUCCCUUGACUCUACUGAUUGCUCCGGGCAGGUCAUACUGGAACUAACUUGAUUUCCCCAGGCAGGCAGAUUUGGACCUGAGUGCACUUCCAGAGCAGAAGACAUAGACCUACACUUUUACUGCACAUACUUGGAGUCUUAAAUGUUUUCUGAUUAGUUACUACCUCCUCAGAGGGUUGGUCUUGGUCAUCUUGAUUGUAAAUUUAGGACUUCAAAAUGUUUAAUGUAAGUUAUUUCAAAAGCCACAAACGGCCUGCUGAUGGUUAUAAAGAAAAAAGCACAUUGCUAAAACCCAUGAUAGGGCCUCUCCCUGUUUAUAAAGUUCCCCUGAAAGAAGAACAAAUCAAUGUCAAAGGGUGCAAGCGAUUCAGUUUUGGUAAAGAGUCAAAACCUAAUCCUAAACCUAAUCGCACCAUAAUGGUUCUCGGAGCAACUGGGGCUGGGAAGUCAACUCUCAUCAAUGGGAUGAUCAAUUACAUUCUAGGUGUUAAAUGGGAGGAUUCAUAUCGGUUUAAGUUAGUUGAUGAGGGUCAGUCGAAAUCACAAUCUGAAAGUCAGACUUCUGAAGUCACGGUGUACAAAAUCAACUACGAGGAAGGCUUUGAAAUAGAUUGCUCACUGACCAUUGUUGACACUCCAGGCUUUGGAGAUACAAGAGGCAUAAAACGAGACCAGAUGAUCACAGAACAGAUACGUAAUCUCUUCUCUGCUGAUUGUGGUGUCACUGAAAUUGACGCUGUGUGUUUUGUAGCUCAGGCUGCUUUAGCACGACUCACACCAUCACAGAAAUAUGUGUUUGAUUCGGUGCUCUCAAUCUUUGGCAAAGAUGUGGCAGAAAACAUCCGGGUUCUGGUGACAUUCGCAGACGGACAGCAACCACCAGUUCUAGAGGCAAUCAAUGCUUCAGGUGUCCCAUGUCCUAAAACAAAAGGUGGGCUGCCAGUUCACUUCAAAUUCAAUAAUUCAGCGUUGUUUGCAGACAACAAAUCAUCUGCAGCAGACAGUAUGAGUGGGGAUGAUGAAGAUGAAGGAGGCUUUGAUAAGAUGUUUUGGAACAUGGGAACAAAAAGCAUGAAGAGGUUCUUUGCUGCUUUAAAUAUGAUAGAAACCAAAAGCUUGACAUUGACUAAAGAGGUCCUCAGAGAAAGAAACCAGCUAGAGAAUUCAGUUGAAAAUGUGCAGAAGCAGGUUAAAGUUGGGUUAGCCAAGCUCGAGGAGAUAAAAGAGACAACUGGAAAACUAAAAGAGCAUGAGGGAGAAAUCAGCAGAAAUGAGAACUUUGAGUUUGAUGUCAACGUCAAAAAGCCUGUUCAAAUAGAUAUUUCUGGAACUGGAACUUACAUCACCAACUGUCAGCAGUGCCAUGUCACCUGUCACUAUCCCUGUGGAAUACCAAAUGAUGCAAAUAAAGCAGGCUGUUGUGCAAUGGGAAGUAAUGGAUACUGUACUGAGUGUCCAAAUAAAUGUCAUUGGAGUGUACAUCAUAAUCAGAAGUACAAAUGGGAGUAUAAGGAUGUUAAAGAAAAACUAACAGUGCAAGAGCUGAAAGAAAAGUACCAGAAGGCCACAAAGGCUAAAAUAACUGUUGAAGAAUUGGUUAAUGAGCUGAAAGCUGACUAUAAGCGUGUGCAGGCUGAGGUGGUGAAACUGAUGGAGAGGUCUUCUCAGUGUUUAAACAGACUUAAAGAGAUAGCACUGAAGCCAGAUCCUCUCUCCACUACAGACUACAUUGACAUGCUUAUUGAGGGAGAGAAAGCUGAGGCCAAGCUAGGCUGGAAUCAACGAGUUGAGUCCUUGAUGAACAUGAGAGAUAAAGCAGAGUUAAUGGCUAAAGCAGCCAGAGGAGAGAAACUCCUCCAUCGUCAAGAGUCUCAAAUCUAG